AUGGCGUGCACAGUUUGUAUGAACACUGAGGGGAAAUCUAUGAAAAUGAGGAAAGAGCGCGACACUCUUGGUGAAUUGGAGGUGCCAGAUGACAGACUAUAUGGAGCUCAGACUGUCAGGUCCGUCAUGAACUUCCCCAUUGGAGGCAAAGAGGAGCGAAUGCCGUACCCUGUGAUUGUCGCCUUCGGUAUCCUGAAGAAAGCUGCAGCGAAGGUGAACAUAGAAUAUGGACUUGAUAAGAAACUCGCGGAAGCUAUUAUGCAAGCGUGCGAUGACGUCAUAUCCGGCAAGUUGUACAGAGAGGGCCACUUCCCGCUCGUCAUCUGGCAGACUGGGUCUGGCACACAGUCUAACAUGAACACCAAUGAGGUAGUUGCAAAUCGUGCUAUCCAAAUCUUGGGUGGCAAGUUGGGCAGUAAAAGCCCCGUGCAUCCAAACGACCACGUGAACAAGUCGCAGAGCUCCAAUGACACAUACCCCACAGCCAUGCACAUUGCUGUGGCCAUGGAGCUGAGGGACAGACUCAUGCCUGGACUUGUGGCACUCCGGGAUACUUUGAAAGCAAAAUCCAAGGAGUUCGAAAAGAUCAUCAAGAUUGGAAGGACCCAUUUAAUGGACGCCGUGCCAUUAACAUUAGGCCAGGAGUUCAGCGGGUACGCGGCUCAGUUGACUUUUGGUAUCGAGCGCGUCUGCAGCAUUCUGCCCCGCCUUCAUUACCUAGCCCUGGGCGGCACGGCCGUAGGAACUGGUCUCAACACACGUAUAGGAUUCGCUGAGAAGUGCGCCGCCGAGAUCGCAGCAAUUACUGGUAUCCCCUUCGAAACUGCACCAAACAAGUUCGAGGCGCUAGCUUGUCACGAUACCAUGGUUGAAGUAUCUGGAGCGCUCAACACCGUCGCAUGUUCCUUGAUGAAAAUCGCCAACGACAUUCGUUUCCUGGCAUCCGGUCCUCGAUGCGGUCUGGGUGAACUGAUGCUGCCAGAGAACGAGCCGGGAUCGUCAAUCAUGCCUGGCAAGGUGAACCCAACUCAGUGCGAGGCGUUGACCAUGGUAGCGGCGCAGGUGAUGGGCAACCACGUCGCCUGCACCAUCGGUGGCAGCAAUGGACACUUCGAACUCAACGUCUUCAAGCCUAUGAUUGUCGCCAACGUGCUCAGGUCUAUUAGGCUCAUUGGUGAUGCUUGUCAGGCGUUCAACAAGAAUUGUGCGGUUGGUAUUAAAGCCAAUAAGGAGAGAAUUGAUAAGAUCAUGCACGAGUCUCUCAUGCUGGUCACCGCCCUCAAUCCUCACAUCGGAUACGAUAAGGCCGCUCUAAUAGCGAAAACUGCUCACAAAGAAGGGGGUAAUUUGAAAGACACAGCUGUCAAACUGGGCAUCCUUACACCAGAACAGUUCGAUCAGUGGGUCAAGCCAGAAGAAAUGUUGGGACCAAAAUAA